AUGAACGUCAUUCUUUUCAGAGACACCCAAGUGCAGAUCAUGGAGAACACAAUUGCCAACGCCGAGAAAUACUUUGGCAGCUUCUGCAGCCUGAUGGCGGCCUACACCCGCAAGACUGCCAAACUUCGGGACAAGUCUGAUAUUUUGGUGAAAAAGCUCAUCGACUAUGCCAACACAGAGAAUCCUGAACUGCGAACAACGGUGAAGAAUUUCGCCGAGGACCUGGCCAAAGUGCAGGACUACAGGCAAGCGGAGGUGGAGCGGCUGGAACAGAAGGUGGUUGAGCCUCUCAAGGUGUACGGAGUGCUCAUCAAACAAGCCAAGGCCGAGAUUAAAAAAUUCAGCAAAGCCCGGAAGAUUGAAAUAAAGCAGCUAGAAAAGCUGGAGAAAACCAGACACAAGUCACCCUCCAAUCAACAUAUGAUUUCACAGGUUGAGUCUCAGGCGCACAAAGCUUCACUGGAUGCAAGUCGGACGACUCAACAGCUCGAAGAGACUGUAGAUGAGUUCCAGAAGCAGAAGUUAAAAGAUAUCCAGAAGAUCUUCUUGGAUUUCACCGGCAUCGAGAUGGCGUUCCAUGCAAAAGCUCUGGAGGUUUAUUCCCAAGCAUUCCAAACUCUGGAAAAUUACGAUGCAGAAAAAGAUUUGGAGGACUUCAGAGCAAAAAUACAACUUGCUUCCGGAAGGUUCCCCGACUCCAAGCCAGCCACUGCCACCAACCCAAUCUCCAGCCUUCCAUGGUCCAGAGGAGCACAGAGUGUCCCUAGCACGCUCCAGAAACUGACAUUGGUGGAGACGGAAGAAGAAUCUGAAGAAGAGCAGAUGCGAGAAACCAGCACCGCUAAGCACCCCCAGAUCUGGCGGGUGGCCAGCAGGACCCCCUGACGAAUUUCUCCGUUCGUGAU